AUGGCCACGCGUGGCCGGCGCACCAAGGUGCUCCCCUCUGAGCUGAACAAAGUGUGUCCCGAGAAGGGGGACGGCCCUGCCGCACGCCCCAGGAGGAUGAGCGACUUCGAGGUGGUGCCCAACCUCCGGCAGAGCAGCAGCAGCGUCUCCAGGAGCCGCCGGAAGGCUCAUUUCCCCUCCGGCAGCAAUGAAAAGGAAAACCUCAUCUCCUGGAUUCCUGAAAACAUCCAGAAGAAGGAGUGCACCUACUUUGUUGAGAGCUCCCAGACGUCAGACUCGGGGAGGAUCGUGUGCGAGUGCGGCUAUCUCAGGGAGCAGCACCUGGAAGAUGCUGCCAAGCCUCCCCUCUUCCUGGGCAAGGAGUGGGAUCCCAGCAGGCACAUCCAGGAGAUGCCCACAGAUGCCUUCGGUGACAUCCACUUCACGGGCCUGGGGCAGAAGAUGGGGAAGUACGUGCGCGUCUCCUCGGACACCCCGCCGCGGGUCAUCUACCACCUGAUGACACAGCACUGGGGCCUCGAUGCCCCCAACCUGCUCAUCUCAGUCACUGGCGGGGCCAAGAACUUCGUCAUGAAGCCGAGGCUGAAGAACAUCUUCCGGCAAGGGCUGGUCAAAGUGGCCCAGACCACUGGGGCCUGGAUCAUCACUGGGGGGUCCCACGCCGGUGUGAUGAAGCAGGUGGGAGAGGCUGUGCGAGACUCCAUCCUGAGCUGCAGCCACAGGGAGGGUGACAUUGUCACCAUUGGCAUAGCCACCUGGGGCACCGUGUACAACAGGGAGAGCCUCGUCUGCCCCAUGGGUGGCUUUCCAGCUGAGUACUUGCUGGAUGAGGAGAACCAGGGCAGCCUGUCGUGCCUGGACAGCAACCACUCCCACUUCAUUUUGGUGGAUGACGGGACCCACGGGAGGUACGGGGUGGAAAUCCCCCUGAGGACCAGGCUGGAGAAGUUCAUUUCCGAGCAGACCAAGGUGAAAGGAGGUGUUGCCAUCAAGAUCCCCAUUGUCUGCGUGGUGCUGGAAGGAGGCCCCGGGACGCUGGAUACCAUCUACAACGCCAUCACCAACGGGACGCCCUGUGUGAUCGUGGAGGGCUCUGGGCGCGUGGCCGAUGUCAUCGCGCAGGUGGCCAACCUGCCCGUGCCCGAGAUCACCAUCGCCUUGAUCCAGAAGAAGCUGAGCACCUUCUUCCACGACACCUAUGAGCUCUUCACUGAGGGGAAGCUGGUGGAGUGGACCAAGAAGAUCCAAGACAUCGUACGGAGCCGGCAACUCCUGACCAUUUUCAGAGAGGGCAAAUGUGGGCAGCAGGACGUGGAUGUGGCCAUCCUCCAGGCCCUGCUCAAAGCAUCCCGCAACCAGGACCACUUUGGUCAUGAGAACUGGGACCACCAGCUGAAGUUAGCAGUGGCCUGGAACAGGGUGGACAUUGCUCGCAGUGAGAUCUUCACAGACGACCACGAGUGGAAGCCCACAGAUCUCCACCCUGUGAUGGCAGCCGCCCUGAUCUCCAACAAGCCAGAGUUUGUGAAGCUGUUCCUGGAGCAGGGAGUGCGUCUCAAGGAGUUUGUCACCUGCGACACUCUGCUUUACCUCUACGACAACCUGGCACCGUCCUGCCUGUUCCACAGCAAGCUGCAGAAGGUGCUGCUGGAGGAGAGGGAGCAUGCAGCCAGCUCCAGAACACCCAGGGUGCAGCUGCACCACGUCUCCCAGGUGCUGCGGGAGCUGCUGGGAGGCUCCACGCAGCCCCUCUACCCCAAGCCCAAGCCCACGGAGCGGCCCCGACUCUCCAUCCCCGUCCCGCACAUCAAGCUGAACGUUCAGGGGUCAAGUCUCCGGUCCCUGUACAAGCGCUCUGCUGGCCGAGCCACCUUCACCUCCGACCCCGUCCGCGACCUGCUCCUCUGGGCUGUGGUGCAGAACCGCAGGGAGCUGUCGGAGAUCAUCUGGGCGCAGAGCCAGGACUGCAUGGCAGCUGCGCUUGCCUGCAGCAGGAUCCUAAAGGAGCUGGCCAAGGAGGAGGACGACACUGAUACCACCGAUGACAUGCUGGCCCUGGCCCAGGACUUUGAGCACAAGGCAAUUGGCGUGUUCACAGACUGCUACCGCAAGGACGAGGAGAGAGCCCAGAAGCUCCUCACCCGUGUCUCUGAGGCCUGGGGGAAGACGACCUGCCUGCAGCUGGCGUUGGAGGCCAAGAACAUGAAUUUUGUGUCCCAUGGGGGCGUCCAGGCCUUUCUGACCAAAGUCUGGUGGGGGAAGAUGAGUGUGGACAACGGGCUGUGGCGGGUGAUCACGUGCAUGCUGUUCUUCCCACUCCUCUACACCAGCCUCAUCACCUUCAGGGAGAAGAGGCUGCAGCCCCUGGGCUGCCUGACGCGCCUCCGGGCCUUCCUCACUGCACCCGUCGUCAUCUUCCUCAUGAACACCCUCUCCUACUUCACCUUCCUCCUGCUCUUCGCCUACGUGCUGAUGGUCGACUUCCAGCCGUGGCCGUCCUGGCGCGAGCACCUCAUCUACUUCUGGCUCUUCUCCCUGGUGUGCGAGGAGACCCGGCAGCUGCUGCACGAUCCGGAUGGGUUUGGGGUUGUGAAAAGGGCUUCCCUUUACUUCAAGGACUUCUGGAACAAGUUGGAUGUCUGUGCCAUCCUGGUGUUUGUCGCGGGGCUGACCUGCAGGUUGAUCCCAUCAACCUUGUAUCCCGGGCGCAUCAUCCUGUCCCUGGCUUUUAUCAUCUUCUGCCUGCGCCUGAUGCACAUCUUCACCGUCAGCAAGACACUGGGGCCCAAGAUCAUCAUCGUGAAGCGGAUGAUGAAGGACGUCUUCUUCUUCCUCUUCCUGCUGGCGGUGUGGGUGGUGUCCUUUGGGGUUGCCAAGCAGGCCAUCCUGAUCCACAACGAGCAGCGUGUGGAAUGGCUGUUCCGUGGUGUGGUCUAUCACUCCUACCUGACCAUCUUUGGGCAGAUCCCCUCCUACAUCGACGGGGUCAACUUCAACAUCGACCAGUGCAGCCCAAAUGGCACCGACCCCUACAAGCCCAAGUGCCCAGAGACAAAUGAGGACAACAAGAAACCCAUCUUCCCUGAGUGGCUGACAGUCAUCUUGCUGUGCUUGUACCUGCUCUUCACCAACAUCCUCCUCCUCAACCUCCUCAUUGCCAUGUUCAACUACACCUUCCAGCAGGUCCAGGAGCACACAGACCAGAUCUGGAAGUUCCAGCGGCACGACCUGAUCGAGGAGUACCACGGGCGGCCGCCCGCGCCGCCGCCGCUCAUCCUGCUCAACCACCUGCAGGCCCUGGCACGGCGGGCGCUGCGCCACGGCCCGGCCCCGCGCCACAGGCAGCUCAAGGAGAAGCUGGAGAAGAACGAGGAGGCCGCGCUGCUCUCCUGGGAGACGUGCCUGAAGGAGAACUACCUGCAGCACCAGCUGUGCCAGGAGAAGCAGAACACGGAGCAGAAGAUCCGAGACAUGGCGCAGAGGGUCGAUGUGCUGGCAGAGCUGCUGGACUUGGACCGAGUGAAGAGGACAGGGCUGGUGGAGCAGAGACUGGUCUCUCUGGAAGACCAGGUGCAGCAGAGUGCCCAGGCCCUGAGGUGGAUCGUGCAGGCGCUGCAGAGCAGCGGCUUUGGCUCGGACGAGGACGUGCCAGCCCUGGGCUCCAGCAAAGCCCUGGAGAUGAAGGAGGUUGAGCUAGAGGGGAAAGCCAAGGAGAGCCAACCCCCCUGCCACGUGCUUGCCCGGAACCUCCUGUACCCAGGCUCUCACACGCUGCGCUUCCCUGUGCCGGAUGAGAAGGUGCCCUGGGAGGUGCAUUUCCCUCUCUAUGACCCGCCGACGUACUCAGCGGAGCAGCGGGACGUGGCUGUGCAGGACCCCUUCAGCCCCUCCCAGGAGCAUCUCCUCAAGAUCAACUACAACACCAUGGACGGGCUGAUCGACCGGCAGAGCUUCCACGGGCUCUACACCGUGCGGGACGGGCUGCCACUGAACCCCAUGGGCAGGACGGGGCUGCGAGGCCGCGGGAGGCUGCGCUGCUUCGGGCCCAACCAUGCCCUGCACCCCGUUGUCACCCGCUGGAGGAGGAAUUUGGACGGGUCCAUCAUCAGGAAGAGCCUGAAGAAGAUGCUGGAAGUCCUCGUGGCACAGUACCCGCUGUCAGAUGUCUGGGCUCUGCCUGGGGGGUCGCUGGAGCCCGGCGAGACUCUGCCCCUGAAGCUCAAGUGGAUCCUGCGGCGGGAAUUCUGGCCCCAGUUCCAGAACCUGCUGAAACAAGGCACCGAGAUACACAAGGGGUACCUGGACGACCCCCGCAACACGGACAACGCCUGGGUGGAGACGGUGGCGGUGAGCGUCCACUUCCACAGCCCCAGCGACGUGGAGAUGCAGCGGCUCAACUCGUUCCUCCAGGGCUGUGACCCCGAGCUGUGCAUCCGCUGGCAGGUGCUGGACAAGCGUAUCCCCCUUCAUGCCAACCACAAGCUGCUCCUGCACAAGGUCUCGACCCUCCUGGGUGCCUACUACUGA